UCUUAGCUAGGUAGCCAAAUAGGAUGGGAACAUUUGGUCAUCUCUUCUUUACUAUUAUGGCCUUGGCCUUGUUUACAUAUCCCCAAAAAGUAAUAGCCUAUCAAGGUAUGAAUCACACAACAGCAACAAACCUUGUCAAGGGCAUUAUAGGUGCCAUUGUGGAUUACACUUCUCGUAUAGGUAAAGAAGAGAGAGUUGCAAUGGAAAUGGCGAUCGACGAUUUCAACAGCCUCACCAACCAAACACUCACUCUGCGUGUAAUGAACUCUCAAGGAGAAACCUUCCAAGCUGGUCUUGCUGCUAGAGAUCUUAUCGACAAGGAGGGAGUGAAAGCCAUUUUGGGGCCACAGACAUGGGAAGAAACGUCAGCAGUUGCAGAGAUUUGUAGCCAAUAUUCUCAUACAAUUCCACUUCUUUCUCUAGCCGAUGCUGCUCCCGCAUGGGCAACCACGCGCUGGCCGUUCCUGAUUCAAGCCUCACCGAGCCAAGACACACAAAUGAAGGCUGUGGCUGCUGUUGUUCAGUCAUGCAGAUGGCGUAGGGUGGUCUUUAUAUACGAGGACAGUGUUUCUUCUGCCAACGGAUUAGUCCAUCUCUCUGAUGCCCUCCGCGAAGUAGGUGCAGAAAUAGGCCGGUUCCUAGCACUCUCACCUUACAACGACUUGUCUCAAGAGCUUGAGAGGCUUGAAGGAGACCAAUGUCGAGUCUUUUUGGUUCAUUCGUCCUUGCCAAUGGCUAUUCGUGUAUUUGAGACCGCGAAGAAGUUGAAGAUGAUGCAAAAGGAUUAUGUGUGGAUCACUACCGACUCCACAACAAGUCUUGUCCAUUACAUUAACCAUUCUUCCAUUUCCUCCAUGCAAGGGGUUCUAGGCAUCAGGAGGUAUUUCCGGGAUCCCCGGACACAUUUACAUGAUUUCUACCUGAAAUUUCGUAAAAAGUUUGCUUUGGAGCAUCCAGAAGAAGAAAAUCAUGAACCUGGGAUUUUCGCGCUGCAGGCCUAUGAUGCCACUAAAGCAGUGGCUUCAGCAAUUCAGGAAGGAGACAGAGAAGGCCAACAAUUGUUAGAAAAAAUUUCAUCGAGUGACUUCAAAGGCUUAAGUGGUAAUGUCAAAUUUGUUGGGAAAAGAUUAGCUCCAGCAAAAGUGUUUCAGAUUGUGAAUGUGAUCGGAAGGAGUUAUAAAGAACAUGGGUUUUGGACCUUCAAAAAAGGCUUCUCAGAGACCAUUGAUGAAGGGGCUAUCUACAGUGAUUCAAUGGACACACUGGGGAUAGUGAUUUGGCCUGGGGGACCUCGGUAUACACCGAGAGGAUGGACUCUUCGAACCAUUGACAAGCCAUUAAGAAUAGGCGUGCCAAACGGAUCCUUAACCAACCGCUUUGUGAAUGUCCAGUAUCAUCCUUCCACAAAGAAUUACACCAUCAAAGGAUUUUCAAUCGAGGUAUUCAGAAAAACUGUGGAACGAUUACCAUAUUAUUUGCCAUAUGAGCUCAUUACAUGGGGAGGCAAUUACACUUCUCUGGUGGAACAAGUUCAUCUAAAGAACUUCGACGCAGCAGUUGGUGACAUAGCGAUUAUUUCCAAGCGAUACGAAUAUGUAGAAUUCACACAUCCUCAUACCGUAUCAGGAUUGGUGAUGGUAGUCCCGGUUCAGUCACAAUCGAGCAAUAAUACAUGGCUAUUCAUGAAGCCAUUCACAACAAAAAUGUGGAUUCUUACAGCGGUCAUAAAUAUCUACAAUGGCUUCGUUGUAUGGAUGAUAGAGCGGAAUCACUGCCCUGAACUCAAAGGCUCAUCAGUGAAUCAACUAGGAACCUUGCUUUGGUUGGCUUUCAGCGCAUUGUUCCCUGUACAAGGGGAAAGGCUGCAUAGCAAUUUAUCAAGGAUGGCGACGGUGGUGUGGCUGUUUGUGGCACUAAUCAUCACACAGAGCUACACAGCUAGUCUAACCAGCAUGCUCACUGUCCAAAGCCUUCAACCAAAAGUGGCAGAUAUUGGAACACUAAAGAGUAGCAAUGCAUAUAUUGGCUACUCCAAUAAAUCUUUUGUGGUGAGCUACUUGGUGGGCGUCUUAAACUUCAGCAACAACAAUGUCAAGAGUUAUUCAACACCCGAAGGAUACGCACAAGCCCUCAAAUCUGGAGAAAUUGCAGCAGCUUUUCUUGAAGUUCCUGUGGCCAAGUUAUUCAUCGCCAAAUAUUGCAAGAGCUUCAUCAUGGCAGGGCCAACCUACAAAGUCGGAGGAUAUGGAUUUGCAUUUCCGAAGGGAUCCCUUAUGCUUCCUGACAUAGAUGCAGCUCUGCUGAAUGUCUCUGAGAGCGGCGUGCUACGACACUUGGAGGAGAGAUUGGCUGCAGAAGAGAAGUGUGUGGAGGUAGAAUCGGAUAAUAAAACUGCGAGUCUAAGCCCCAACAGCUUUUGGGUACUUUUCGUGUUCACAGGAGGGAUAUCAACAAUUGCUUUAAUCAUCUAUGGGGUUAGAGGGACAUGGUCGACCGGACACUUCAUGCUUAAACAGAAAAGCAUUUGGAUGUUCAUAGUGGUUACAAUGGAAAAGUGGAGGCUUCAGCAGAAUCGCUUCUUCAGAAAAGUUAGUGAUGUUGAGAGUCCUAAAAAUCUCCCAAAUGCAUCAAACACGUGGGUUCAAAUGAGUCAUGUCUAGACAAUAUUCUAGGUUUAAGGACACUGUUUUAAGCACAUCCAUAUAUGUCUUUCUUUUUUGGAUAGUUGGUUUUGUGGUGGAGCUUGUAUAGUUGUUUGCAGUUAGCCCGUUGGGUCUGUUUUUAGG